AUGACGAGCUCGGCCUACAGCAAUUACCCCCCACCGCUCUCUCAAGCGCAACAAGAGUAUUUGGUCACCACAGCAAAGGACUGGGCAAUUCAAAAUGGACUUGCAGUGCGGCCAGCACCCAGCAUGCUCCCUGAGGGGAGCGACUCAAAUCGUGUACUAGCGACAAACGCUCCGAUUACGCUUUUCCCCAGUCCAUUCCCGAGGUCUUGUUUUGAAGAGGCACAAGCUCUCCAGACGGUCUAUAACCAACUCUAUGCCAUGAUCACCUGCGACGAGGAGUGGCUCGGAAAAGUCAUUGCAGAACUGAUUGACGUCGACGAUUUUGUCGCGAAUCUGUGGAAGACACAUUUGACUGUGAAGAAAGAAGGAUACACUCAAAACUUAUCCCUUGGUCUAUACCGGUCUGACUACAUGGCCCAUGUGUCCUCCAACCAGGCCCCCUCCUUGAAGCAAGUCGAGUUCAACACAAUCUCUUCGUCAUUCGGAGGACUAUCGGCACUAGUGCGGCAAUUGCACACCGAAUUGCUCAGCUCACCACCUGGCAAUCCCAUCAGCUACCCCCCUCAUCCCCUUCUGGAAUCAGGAGUACCGCCCGAGAAUACUUCAGUUGAAACUUUGGCCGGGGGUCUGGCAGCUGCGCACAAGGCUUAUGGAUCUGCAAAGAGCGAACCUUCGCUACCACUUUGUAUCAUCUUUGUUGUACAAGAUGGCGAACGCAAUGUCUUUGAUCAGCAUGCCCUAUCGAGACGGUUGACAGCGUUCCAUCGUAUUCCUGUCUUCCGCGUGCCCAGCAGCAAAGUGCUUGACCAAACAUCCGUCUCGGAAUCUAUCCCAGCUCGACCCUUGAUUUAUAGUCCACCCCAUGCGCCUUCAUCUGUUUUUGAAGUGACGACGGUGUAUAUGCGGGCAUUUUAUUCACCUGAUGACCACACCACCAGCCGCGACUGGGAUGCGCGAGUUCAUUUGGAACGAUCAGCAGCGAUCAAGUGUCCCACUGUACUGAACCAGCUAGUCGGAUGCAAAAAGGUCCAGCAGGUACUUGCGGAACCUACAGGGCCUGAUCAUCUGUCGAAGUUCUUAGCUGGCAUGGAUCCAACGAGUAUUUCCAGAUUACGGGAGACAUUUGCUCCUCAGUACGAUCUCUCCGCCAGCGGACAGGGUCGUGAGCUUGCGCUGAAUCCGGAAACGGCUCUCCGCCACGUACUGAAGCCCCAACGUGAGGGAGGUGGCAACAACAUCUACAAAUCUGAGAUUCCAGCCUUUCUCAAAUCCAUGCCUGAGAGUGACUGGAAAGGUUGGGUGUUGAUGGAACUCAUCAAUCCUGCCCCGGACGCGGAAAACGUUGCACUGCGGAACGAUGGACAAGUCCUCCGUGGUAAUGUGAUCUCUGAGCUUGGCAUCUAUGGAACGAUCUUGUGGGACACGACUGGCAAGAUUCUACAUAAUGAUCAAGGUGGCUGGUUGCUGAGAACCAAGGGUAAGGAAGUCAAUGAAGGAGGGGUGGCAGCUGGAUUCUCCAGCCUGGACAGCGUGUUGCUUUUCUAG